CCCCUGUUGACAAUUAUGGACCACUGCUGAAGCACGGAGCUGCAGAAGGGGCAUUCUCAGAUUUCCCGAUUGCUUCCCAGCCGAGUGAGCUGUGCCGCUGCUUUCACAUCACGGCCGACAGAAAAAGCAAGACAACGACGACGUGUGACCAGCGCGCCUCAAUCCCGCAUUCUCCGGUGUCGGUUUGUGCGUCUCCACUUUCGCGUAGCCCGUAGCGAGGUCAGAAGAAAGUCCUCUGAGGAUGGUGGUGCUGCGAUGACCUGUGUGGCCCCUCUUUCCUCCAGAGAUCAUCCUCCAAUCAAAACCGUGGGGCCAGCUUCAGUCAGGACAUGGUUGACAGGUUCACAUGACGGACAGGUGAUGGAGUCCUCCAUCAUCGCUCUGCACUGACGCGUCCCAGCACUGCCUCCGAGGCAUCAGCCUGUGCAGUGCUGAGAGGCCCCCCGACUCUUUGCCAUGGUGACAUAAGCAGUGCUGCAGUAUGAGGGAGAGCCAUUGUGAGACCGUGUCCUUUCUUUCUCCAGUCGCUGCUGCGGCUGCUUCCUUUGCAUGUUUCGUGUUUUUCUCUAUAUUGAGACUUUGAGACUGAAGUAUUUGUAAAUAGUCCCUGUAGAUCUUUCUAAGCACGCCCCGCAGCGUGUAGCCUAGCGGGCGGGGCAGAGAGGCCCAAGAGACGAUGCUGGGAUGCGUGACCCGUGUCCGUCGGCUGGUGCGUCUCCUCCCCCUGCAGACCUCCCUGCUCCUACUCUUCCUCUUCUGCACCAUCAGCGUCUUCAUCUCGGCCUACUUCCUGUAUGGCGUCAAGCGGGAGCUGGAGCCUUCAGGAGGGGGCGUGUCUGGGUCAGAGGGGGCGUCUGCCGACUCGGACGACCUCAGGGUCACCCCUUCGAGGCUGUUACCGCUGCCGGGGGUCCCAGGGGGUCCUGGAGGAGACAUUGCAGGAACAAGGACAGAUCCUGUGGUUCUGGUGUUUGUGGAGAGCCAGUAUUCUCAAUUGGGUCAGGAAAUUGUGGCCAUUUUGGAAUCGGGCCGUUUCCGCUAUAGAACAGAGAUAUCCCCUGGUAAAGGGGACAUGCCCACACUAACGGACAAAGAGAGAGGGCGAUUCACACUGGUAAUUUAUGAGAACAUUCUGAAGUACGUGAACCUGGAUGCGUGGAACAGGGAGCUGCUGGAUAAAUACUGUGUGGAGUAUGGUGUGGGCAUCAUUGGCUUCUUCAAGGCCAAUGAAAACAGUCUGCUCAGUGCCCAGCUCAAGGGCUUCCCACUCUUCCUUCAUUCCAACUUGGGCCUGAAAGACUGCACCGUGAACCCCAAGUCUCCGCUCCUCUUUAUUACUCGGUCGGGGCAACCCCUGCCAGGACCUCUUCCCGGGGACGAUUGGACCGUAUUUCAGUCCAACCACUCCACAUACGAGCCUGUGUUGCUGGCAAAAACCCAGUCUGCCGACAGUGUGGCCUCCAUCGGGCAGAACGUAGCACUGCUCCCCUCUGUGGUGCAGGACCUGGGCCUCCAUGAUGGCAUCCAGAGAGUUUUGUUUGGCAACAACCUGGUCUUUUGGCUGCACAAGUUGGUGUUUGUGGACGCUGUGGCCUUUCUGACAGGGAAGAGACUGUCUUUGUCCCUAGACCGCUACCUUCUGGUGGAUAUAGAUGACAUCUUUGUCGGGAAGGAGGGCACCCGCAUGAAGGAGCCAGAUGUGAAGGCCUUGUUAGAGACACAGAAGGAGCUGCGCACCCAUGUCCCCAACUUCACGUUCAAUCUGGGCUUCUCAGGGAAGUUCUUCCACGCUGGCUCUGAUGAGGAGGACCUUGGAGACGACCUGCUGCUGUCCUAUGUGAAGGAGUUCUGGUGGUUUCCUCACAUGUGGAGUCACAUGCAGCCACAUCUCUUCCACAAUCAGUCGGUUCUGGCCGAACAGAUGCUGCUCAAUAAGAAAUUUGCCAUGGAGCAUGGGAUCCCUACAAACAUGGGUUACGCUGUGGCCCCUCAUCACUCGGGUGUGUAUCCUGUCCACCUGCAACUGUAUGAUGCCUGGAAAAAGGUCUGGGGCAUUAAAGUGACCAGCACCGAAGAGUACCCCCACCUCAAACCUGCUCGCUUCAGACGCGGCUUCAUCCAUAGUGGCAUCAGUGUGCUUCCCAGACAGACGUGCGGUCUUUUCACGCACACCAUUUUCUAUAAAGACUACCCCGGCAGCCCAAACGAACUGGACAAACUCAUCAACGGAGGGGAGCUCUUCCAGACUGUUCUGCUCAACCCUAUAAGUAUAUUUAUGACCCAUUUAUCAAACUAUGGGAACGAUCGCCUUGGCCUCUACACCUUUAAAAGCCUGAUGAUGUUUGUGAAUACAUGGACCAAUCUGAAGAUGCAAACUCUUCCACCCAUUCAGCUGGCUCAGAAGUAUUUCAGCCUGUUCCCAUCAGAGAGAGACCCCCUCUGGCAGGAUCCUUGUGAGGACAAAAGGCACAAGGACAUCUGGUCCAAAGAGAAAACAUGUGACCGCUUUCCCAAACUGCUUGUCAUCGGGCCUCAGAAGACAGGAACAACAGCACUGUACCUGUUUCUUGGCAUGCAUCCCGAUCUGACCAGUAACUAUCCCAGCAAAGAGACAUUUGAGGAGAUCCAGUUCUUCAAUGGGCACAACUAUCAUAGAGGCAUUGACUGGUAUAUGGAGUACUUCCCGCUCCCUUCCAACACCAGCUCCGACUACUAUUUUGAGAAGAGUGCCAACUACUUUGAUUCUGAAGUGGCUGCUCAGAGGGCUGCAGCGCUCCUGCCCAAAGCAAAGAUAAUCACGAUCCUCAUCAACCCGGCCGACAGAGCGUACUCCUGGUAUCAGCACCAAAGAGCACAUGACGACCCAGUUGCACUGAAAUACUCCUUCCAUGAAGUCAUCACUGCGGGACAAGAUGCUCCCAUCCGACUGAGGGUCCUGCAGAACCGCUGCCUGGUCCCGGGAUGGUACGCCGUGCACAUGGAGCGCUGGCUAAACUAUUAUCACUCCAGUCAGCUGCUAGUCUUAGAUGGGCAGAUGCUAAAAACUGAACCAGCCUCUGUCAUGGACAAAAUCCAAAAGUUUCUGGGACUGGCCAAUAUCAUAAAUUAUCAUAAAAUCUUAGCGUUUGAUCCCAAGAAAGGUUUCUGGUGUCAACUGCUCGAAGGAGGGAAGACCAAGUGUCUGGGGAAGAGCAAAGGCAGGAGGUACCCUGACAUGGGCACAGAGUCCCAGGCAUUCCUCAGGGAGUACUAUCGGGAUCACAACAUUGAACUGUCAAAGCUCCUGUACAGAAUGGGUCAGCCACUGCCCAGUUGGCUCAGAGAAGAGUUGGUCCACACAAGGUAGCAUCACGGCAGCGGAGAGCUCAACUCCACAAAUAAAACCACUACUUACCCCAAUCGCAAGGAAUGAGGAACUGAAAAUAUACUCCACAGGAUGUAUCAAAUGCAAGACAUGAUCAUGAUGGAGGAUAAGGAUCCUGGACAUGCUUGCACUGGCCUCCUUUGUGUCCUUUGGAAGACUGGACCUUGUUUUUGAGGAAAACGUAUCUAAUAGUCUUUGCUUCCUUAACAUGGAGUAUAGAAACAAGACGGAGAUGGACACAGCCUCAUGCCAACCUAAAUAUGAGUUGCAGCGUUUGGAGCAAAUAUAAAGACUUCACAUUAACUGCAUGGAAGAGUGACAUUGUUCGAAAAUGCCUUUGAGAAAUAUUUGUACGCAAGAGUUUCAUCUCUUGAGGCUGCUGGGUUGUAGCCUUAUUUGAUAGGCCUUGGUACAAUCUAGUUAUUACAUUUACAAGUGCCAGGACAGAAUCUUCAUCAUAAUACGGACUCCUAUUAUGAGGGUUCUUAUUUUUUUAUUUGUACUUUUUUGUUCUCCUUCGCCCUGAGAUUGUUUUAACAAUUAUUUAAUACCGUCUGUAAUGGAUUAUUGUAGAAUGUACCAAUUUAAACAUUGUAGCUCAGUUACAGGUUACUUUAGGAUUUUAAUUUUAUUAUAUUCAGCUGCUCGGCCUCAUCUUAAGUCAGUUUCAUGACCACUGCAUUGGCCAAAGCAGGAAUAGUUGGGUAGAUGACGUAAGCACAAUAUAUAAGGAAGUCAGACGAUGAUGAUAUUAAAAUAAUGUACAAUACAACGUUUACAGGGAAGCACACAAACACUACAACAAUCUGUGAAAAACAAUAUAAGCUAACUACUGUAUUAAUUCUGCACUCUGGUCCAAAACAUUCACAUAAUGUACAUUUCAAUUUUCAUAAUUUGUUGAAAUUUGAGCUCCUUUUUAUGCCAUUUCUUUAUUUGGGAGGUUUGGGAAAGUGUUAUAAAGUGGCCAGGAAGACCAAGUAUACUGAGAACAUUUGGUUGUCAUUGAAGACUUUACCACUGCAAGUAGAUGUCAAGAUUAGAUGAUAAAAGCUGCUCUUAAUUGCAAUAGUUUUGUACAAUGUUGAGACAAAAAUUCACAUGUUGGUCCACUGAUUUCCUGACUUUGUAAUGUACAUAAAAGCAACUCUUAGACCUAAAUUAUUGAAUGUUUUUGGGUUUGCUCUGUCCAUCUGCUCAUUCCCGUAGUGUGAAAUGUCCGUGCUGUACAAAGGAACAAUUGGGAUUGUUGUACAGGGAAGUUUCGCAAAGAUUGUCUUUUAUGUCUUCUCACUGCCAACUACUGUACAGACUAAAGUACUGAGUCUUUCCAUUUAAAGUAUUAAGUGAUAACCCAUAAAGGCAUCGAUGGUACUAAUCUCCUGGACUGUAUGGUAAAGAUUUGUAAUUGUUGUCAAUAAUUUUUACAGUGUAACUAAUAUUGUUGGUGCUUUUUAAUUUACAAAUAAAACACCACUGUAUUUUUCAGUA